GUUGGUGUUGGUAAAUGAAUCUCUUGUAUGGUUUUUGAAAAUAAACUAAACGGAUACGUAUGAUAAAACAAAUUAGGACAUAAACUUAAAAGAAACUUAGCUUAUAAAAUGCCUUAUUCUGUGAACAUAUCAGUUGAGGCUCCCAUUGAAAAUCAAAUUCAAGAAAUUACAUAUGAUGGCACGGAAAUAUACCAACCACCUCUAACAUUAUCAGAAAGUUUGGCGAAAUACGCUCAGAAAAUUGACUUCAGUAAGACAAACGAGGUAGAAGUGAAGAAAGAGAGCCCUGAGUCUGCAGAAGAAGCAAAAUCGGAUUCCGAUAGUAAAGAUGCAUUUCAAUCAAAUUUAUGGCCUUGGGACACUGUUCGUAAUAAACUUAGAAGUGCUUUAACGGAAGUAUGCGUUUUGGCUGACGUUUUAGCAAUUGCUAAAGAUAAACGAUACAUGGUACUGGAUCCAGUACAACAAGAACCAUUAGAAACAAAGUCUAUGGCUCAAAUCUAUGCUCGCAAAAAAGCUCUGUCAGGUGCUGCAAAUGUCCUACUCACUGGGGCCGAGCGGCUUAAAACGUCACAAACUGAAGCUGCUAGAAAUAGAACUACCCCUGAUUUUCAUAUUGAAUUAUUGAAGUUAAGGCAGAACUGGAGACUCAAAAAAGUAUCAAACACAAUCAUAGGCGAUCUCAGCUAUAGGACAGCUGGUUCUAAAUAUCUUCAGACUGGCACAUUUGAAGUUACAAAGGCUGAAGAAGAUGAAAAACCGACAACACCUCCAAGCAGUCCUGGUCCUGUUGUACCAAAGACAAAUUCUGCUCUUAGAGUUUCUAUUCCAUCAGAGUUGCAGGGUAUUGCAUACAUAGAAGUGAUAUGUCAAAAAGAUCAAGAAAAUUUAUGCAGCGCAAACAUCAAUUUGCUUGGAUCUGGCCCACCAUCCUCUCAUCCAGACAUGCAUUGGCAGCAAAAAUUAGAAGCUGCACAAAAUGUUCUCUUCUGUAAAGAACUCUUCAAUCAGUUGGCUAAAGAGGCAGUUCAACUUCAAGCUCCAAUUCCUCAUAUGGUUGUAGGAAAUCAAAUAAUGGCAACAGUUUUACCAGGCAUUCAACUGAUAAUAGGUUUAUGUCACUCAACAUCUGGUGAAAGGAAGCAAACAAGUUCCAGUAAGAUUGAACAUGAUCAUGUUUUGGAGCACUCUUUACAUCAAUUGUUGAGGGAAGUGCAUCAUAAAAAUACUCAUCAUCCGUUUCCUCAUCCUGCAACAGGCCCUUUAGGGCCCUCCAAGAAAAGAAUGUGUGCAGGUCCCAUGGCGGCAGAUCGAUACGAACUCUUAGAAAUGACAAAAACAGAAACUCUUCUUGAACAAAUAAUCAAGCAGGCUCAACAUUAUUUCCUCAGAUUACGUACUGAGUAUGUCCUAGACACAAUAGCGAAGGAAGUCAAAGAUCCACUAAUAAGUUCUCACUGGAAUACCUUGAAUAGUCCAACUCAAUCAUGUGUAAAGAUCACUAUUUCUACCCAUGGAUAUGAUGCUCUCUGUAGAACGCCACUGUUCAUACAUGUGGGGGAGAAAACUCUGAAGUGUAUAUGCAGGGAUGGAAAAGUGAUGCACAUGAGUUAUGAGCCUCAGGAACUUAGAGAUCUCAUUAUUUGCCAUAUGAAUCUGCAUCAGAUUUUGGGAGUUCAGUCUUUGGCAAGAACAAUGGGUUGGCAGUCUCUUGCUAAUUCUAACCAUUUAGGCACUGGUUCUGUUGAACCCUUAGGAAAUGCAAGUUCCUGUCUUCUGGCAUCUCCAACAGGAGAUAGGAUAAUAGCUGUUAGAUGUGAGCCUCAAUCAGGUGUACAGGUGUCAGUUGCCCAUUCACCUAGGACGGAUUUCUUUCCCAGCCGUUUGGUGACUGAGAAUAAAUGGGAACAUUUGGAGGGUCAGUUCAGAGAUGUACGAUUAGAAAAAAUGGAGGGCAGAAACUUUUUACACAAGAUGGAAUUGCUCAUGGCCAGCUCAACGAGUAGUUCAUAGACUGAGGAAUAUUACGGAAUUAUCUUUAACAGAAUUUUAGAUAGGAUUUUAUAUGUAUUUAUUGUUCAAGAAUAUGAAAUAAAACAUUUUGUUACA